GCCAUCUCCAACCUCACGAUACUCACCCUUGUCUAAUCAUCCACAAAUCAGAUCAAAAUGACUUAUUCGCUCUUCAUCGGCAACAAGCGCUACUCCUCUUGGUCAAUGCGACCUUGGGUUCUUCUCAAAGCCCUCGAGAUCCCCUUCGACGAAAAACUCAAUCUCUUCAAACCCGGCCUUCGUCAACCCGACUUCCUCGCUUUUUCACCAACUGGAAAAGUCCCCUGUCUUCACGAUGGAGAAACAUCAAUUGUUGUUUGGGACUCGCUAGCUAUCUGCGAGUACAUCGCUGAGCAAUACCCCGCUGCUUGGCCAACCAACGCAGCAGCGCGUGCUUUUGCUCGUAGCGCCGCUGCGGAAAUGCACUCUGGAUUCGACGCCAUUCGCGAUGAGUGUUCUAUGAACGUUGGGUUGAGAAUUGAACUUGGAACACCGAGUGAAGCGCUCCAGAAGGAUAUUAGCCGCUUCAAUGAGCUUUUCAAAGAGGGGUUGGACAAGUUUGGUGGACCGUGGUUGGCUGGUGAUAAGUUUACGAUCGUGGAUGCUAUGUAUGCUCCUAUUGCUUCGAGGAUCAAGACUUAUGGUAUUGAGCUGGAUGGCGCGGCGAAGGAGUAUGCUGAUCGGUUGUUUGAGCAUGAGGCUGUGCAGGCGUGGAUUCAGGACGGUAUCAAGGAGACGAGCAGAGAGCCUUCUCAUGAGGAGGACUGUGUGAGGGGACGCAAGAUUCUCAAGGACUUGACCAAGGAGUAAGGUAUUGAUUUGGCCAUGGAAAAGUACUGCUGGCUAAGAGAAUGGCUAUAUAAUAAAGAAAGCCAGAGGCGUUUGGGGAUAUGACUGACUCAAUAAGUGUCCCAGUAUUUAGUUUACCCUCGAGGAAGUUCCUGCAAAGCUCAGAUAUGCCAUCUUGGUAAGAAGGCGAAACUUCUUUCCCCAAAUGAUAAAUGCACCAGCAAAUACGGUGAUGAUAAAAGACAAGAAACAGACCAGAAUGAAGGUAUCCUGUACUCCCAUACUGUCAAUCCAAGGCUGAAUACCAAAUGUCAUAGCA